UGAGGAAACGCGUAAACAGUGGCAGCAGACAAACAGAGGAGAUCAUAUUUUGAAGACAUGAGGAUACCUUAUGUACUUAUCAUUUUUAUAUUUUCUUCCAUGGCGCUGGAAGGUGCCGGUUCCAUCCGUUGUGCAAACGUUCUCACACAUUGCCAACAAAACGGGUCUAACAUCCCUCGGUGUGUUGAAAACAUGAUGAGAAACUGUGGAAAAAGUCUUCCACGGGGUUUUCAUAGCCCAGAUUUCUACUUGAGGUCUGCAAAUUCCUCCAGUGCGGCCAGAGUGGACACAGAUUAUGGACAUGUAAUCUAUGUUCCCUCAGAAGCUGUCCUGAAAAGCAAAAGGCCAGACAGUGAAAAUGACGUGUACUUGAUUGUAACUGUUUUCAACAGCAGCCUUUUUGAGGCACCAUCAGAUAGAGGAUCUCUUCAUGAGCAGGUCUUAGGAGUGUGGCUUGGCGAUCAGAAUGUCCACAAUCUUUCUAAUCCUGUUAGGAUAAAGUUUGUAAAUGUCAGUAAGGAUGGGAGUGGACAGUGUGUCUCCUGGAAGUGGUCAAACAGUAGUGAUCAAGGUAGUUGGAGCACAGACGGCUGUAACACCAUCCAGAACAACACAGACUUUGUCUGUAAAUGCAAUCACAUCAGUUUCUUUGCAGUGCUUAUUAGCCCUGAUGUGCCGGAGCCUGCUGAUGUUCAGCAUCUUGAGUAUUGCUUAUAUAUGGACCAUUCUACCAAAUCAGUUCAAACUUCAGUGCCAUAGAAAUGAAAACAUAAUAAUAACAUCAUAAUAAUAAAACA